CAAAAUAAUGAUAGAUGAGGAGGACAAUAUGUCACACUCAAACUCAACAAACAAACCCAAACCUCUUCUUUCUUGGAAGCCUCGCGCUACCAUUUCACUUCUUUCAUUUUUAACCGACGCUUGUUGUCGCUCUAACGGCACAUUCAACCGCCGUCUCUUUAACUUCUUCAUCCGCAAAUCCUCGCCUAAUGCCACUCCCGUUAACGGUGUUUCCAUCAAAGACAUUACCGUUAACUCCGAAAAUAACGUUUGGUUCCGUCUCUUUACACCCACUGUUGGCGGAGAAGUCGUCGGAGAUGGUGGUGCAACCAAAACAACCUCCCUUCCCGUUGUCAUUUUCUUCCACGGUGGUGGCUUCACCUAUCUUUGCCCCUCCUCUAUCUACUAUGAUGCUUUUUGCCGUAGACUCUGCCGGGAAAUAUCCGUUGUUGUUGUCUCUGUCAACUACCGCCUCACACCGGAGCAUUGCUAUCCGUCGCAAUACGAAGACGGAGAAGCUGUUUUGAAAUAUUUGGAGGAGAAUAAAAUGGUUUUACCGGAAAAUGCUGACGUGUCAAAAUGUUUCCUCGCCGGAGACAGUGCCGGUGCAAAUUUGGCACAUCACCUUGCAGUUAGGGUUUGUAAAGAAGGGCUCCAGGAAAUCCGGAUUAUCGGGUUGGUAUUGAUUCAGCCGUUUUUUGGCGGGGAGGAACAGACCGAGGCGGAGAUUAAACUUGAGGGAUCUCCGUUGGUGUUGAUGGAAAGGACGGAUUGGUGGUGGAAGGUGUUUUGACCGGAGGGAUCGAACCGGGAUCAUGGUGCUGUUAAUGUAAGCGGGCCGAAUGCGGAGGAUUUGUCGGGUUUGGAUUAUCCGGAUACGCUUGUUUUUAUUGGUGGAUUUGAUCCUUUAAAUGAUUGGCAAAAGAGGUAUUAUGAUUGGUUGAAGAAAUGUGGGAAAAAAGCUGAGUUGAUUCAAUAUCCAAAUAUGAUUCAUGCUUUUUAUAUUUUUCCUGAUUUGCCUGAAUCUACUCAGUUGAUUGUGCAAGUCAAGGAGUUUGUCAACAAAGUCUCCGGUUCUAAAUAAUUGAUUAUUGUUGUAAUAAUAUUAUGAUAAUAAAUUCAUAAUAUUAUUACAUUGAGAUCUUAGAAUGUGAUCUUUUCAAAGUCUCAAGUUAGAUUCUGGUGUCAAUUUCGGCAGAAUGGUUUGAGUUCUUUGGAAAAGAAAGAACUAUUAACAUUUAGAACCUAGACAUAGAGAUGCAAUGCUACAUGUUUAUGAUGUUUUAGUUUAAGAAGAAUGCUAAAUUAAUAAGUAUAAUGUGAGUGAUCUUAAUGACUAUGACAUAUGUUUAGUGUUCACAUUUUGUAUUGAAU